AUGUCAAACGUGGAGGAGAUAAUCAGCGAUCAGACACAGCUGAUGUACUCUGUCGCACGAGUUCUGCCAAAUUUCAAGAAACUUGGCCAAGCACGGAUGACUCGUGCCGCUACCAAGGAGCGCCUCGCCAACCUGAAGGUCAUCUUUUCGAAGUGCCAGGAACUCCAUUCGAAAAUCACUCGUCUGGCCAGUGAUACCCAGAAGCAGCAACUGCCUUACUUCAAGGAGCAGCAGUUUUUCGCCUGCGAGGACGUCUUCAACGAAACAUCCGACUACAUGGCAGAAAUUCUCGAAGCCUUCAAACCGGGACCGCGGCAUCAGUCAACAGCCUUGGACGUAAGCAACCCUUCCGAAUUCUCUCGCCGGUCGUCAUAUUUGCCAAAGCUACACUUACCGACGUUCGAGGGAGGCUUUGAUAAAUGGGAAAAUUUCCGCGACCGAUUCACAUCGUUAAUCGCUAACGAUACCUCGCUGUCAAAUGUCGAUCGUUUGCAUUAUCUUUAUUCGUGUGUAAAGGGUGAAGCUAGUAAGGCGUUGAGCCACCUCGCGAUUACAGACGCGAAUUACGUCGUCGCGUGGAACCUCUUAAUUUCACGUUACAAAAAUAAGCGACGCUUGAUUACCGGGCAUUUGCAAACAUUAGUUGAUUUACCCGCGGUUCCGAGUAAAAACUCCAAAGACCUUCGGUACCUUUGUGAUCAGACCAACGCUGCGAUACAUGCGUUAAAGAAUCUCGGGCGUCCGGUCGAGCACUGGGAUGAUCUAUUGGUCUUCCUCGUUUCGCAAAAACUCGAUAAAUCAACUCGAGAGGCGUGGGAGAUAAAGCUUGGCGAAACCAGCGAGUAUCCUCGCUUUAAAGAUCUUACGCAAUUUAUCGAUACUCGAAUUCGCGCAUUCGACGCGAUCGCUCCCGCGAAUCCGAAAGAGAAAGCAUCCGAAUCGAAUAAACCGGCAAAACGCCACGUACUCGCCUCCAAUUCCGGCGUUCCCGCGAACGUCACGUGCUCUGUCUGUAAAGCCAAACAUUUAUUAUACCAAUGCUCGACCUUCGCUAGCAAAACACCGUCCGAACGAUUCGAGUUAAUCCGUCUCAACCGACGGUGUAUCAAUUGCUUCAGCGCGAAGCACGUUGUGAAGGAAUGCACGAGCCCGCGCACAUGCAAACAGUGUCAGAAAAAGCACCACUCGCUCUUGCAUUUUGACACAUCCGCCAAUCAAGGAGAUACCGUCGAAUCCGCGGUCGCGACGACGUCGAGCGACUCGAGUAAUAGCGACGUCACAACGCAUCUCUCCACAAACAUGGUGUCACCGCAGGCCGCGAUUCUCCUUGCAACUGCCCGCGUUCGCGUGCAUUCGCCACAAGGACGAGUAGUUACUGUUCGCGCAUUGAUUGAUCAAGGUUCCGCAGUCACGCUUAUCACCGAAUCAAUCGCCCAAUGCUUACAGUUACCGCGCGUCAAGCAAGCCGUUCGGAUUGCCGGCAUCGGCGAUAAACAAUCCGUAUCGCAUCACGCAGUUACCGUCAUCGUAACUCCUGCGUUCGGCGAUGAACCUGCGUACUCGACGACCGCUCUCGUUCUCCCCUGCUUAACAAAAUAUACGCCAAAUCGUACAAAUUCCGCGUGUCGCUGGUCGCAUAUAUCCGGAUUGCGUUUAGCCGACGGAGAUCUCAUGAGUCGCGAUCCGAUCGACGUCAUUAUCGGCGCCAACCUGUAUGGCCUGAUCCUCCUUGACGGUAUUCGAAAGGGAUCCGUUAACGAGCCUACGGCUCAGAAAACCACUCUUGGCUGGAUCCUCUCCGGACCCGUCACUCCCAUCUCCACUGAUCCACGCGCAUCUGUGCAGGUGCAUCAUGGAACCGUCCUUGAAUCUCUCGAUUCCAUUCUCCGUAAAUUUUGGGAAGUUGAGGAUAUUCCCCUCUCAUCUUUUCCAAAUCCCAAAGAUCUCGAAUGUGAGGAACAUUUUUUGUCCACUCACUACCGCACGCCUCAAGGGCGUUACGUCGUUCGGUUACCCUUUAAAGGUCACACCGCAUUCUCGUUAGGCGAAUCGCGCGCCGUCGCCUUCGCCAGCCUUCAACGCCUCGAACGGCGUUUCCUUUGUCAGCCGGAAACGGCUUCCGCCUAUCGCGAAUUCCUUACCGAGUAUCGUCAACUCGGCCAUAUGACCAUCGCGCCACCGGAUAAUCGCUGUGGGAAUGCACUUCACCGCUAUUAUAUCCCGCAUCAUGCUGUCGUACGAGACAGCAGUGCCACGACGCGCUUACGCGUCGUGUCGAACCUCGGACGGCACAUCCUUAAACGAUCACUUGAUGGUCGGGCCUAA